CGCCCCGCGCCCGCCGCCAGCCGAGCGCCGCGGAGCGGGGCCGGAGCGGGGCCGCCAUGCGCCCGGGGCCGGGGCUGCCGGUGCUGCCGGUGCUGCCGGUGGUGCUGGCGCUGCUGGCGGCGGCGGCGCGGCCGGGCAGCGGCGAGGAGGCGAUCCAGUGCCCGCCGUGCUCGGAGGAGCGGCUGGCGCGGUGCAAGGCUCCGCAGGGCUGCGCGGAGCUGGUGCGGGAGCCGGGCUGCGGGUGCUGCGCGACCUGCGCGCUGCCCCGCGGCACCGCCUGCGGCGUCUACACCGCGCGCUGCGGAGCGGGGCUGCGCUGCUACCCCCCCCGCGGCGAGCCCCGGCCCCUCCGCACCCUCAUGCACGGCCAGGGCAUCUGCACAGACCUGGCCGACGUCGAGGCCAUCCAGGAGAGCCUCCAGCCCCCAGAGAAGGAGGAGAUCGACCACCCCAACAACAGCUUCAGCCCCUGCAGCAUCCACGACCGCAAGUGCCUGCAGAAGCAGCAGGCGAAGAGGGUCAACAACGGCAACAAGAUGCGCAGCAGCGGGAGCCCCCACCACCGCGAGGACACGCGGGUCAUGGCACAGGGCUCGUGCCAGAGCGAGCUGCACCGGGCGCUGGAGAGGCUGGCGGCCUCGCAGACCCGGACACACGAGGACCUGUACGUCAUCCCCAUCCCCAACUGCGACCGCAACGGCAACUUCCACCCCAAGCAGUGUCACCCAGCCCUGGACGGGCAGCGGGGCAAGUGCUGGUGUGUGGACCGCAAGACGGGGGUGAAGCUGCCGGGCUUCCUGGAGCUGAAGGGGGACUUGGACUGUCACCAGCUGGCGGACAGCAUGUGAGCGUCACCGCGGCGGCCCCGCCGGGGCUACCGAGGAGAGAAGGGGAGGGGACGUGACUGCUGAGCAGUGCCCUGGAGCUGGGAUGCGCCUCGGACCGCGCCGCGCUCUGUGCCACGGCACCGCCCCCUGCGCCAUGACCACUAUCAGCCCCUGCCAGGGGUCCCGGCAGCCCAGCGCCACCAUCCCACACGGACACGGCUCGGAUGGUGCCUCCUGGGACUGGGGUCGGGCUGCCUGCGUGGAGGGGCUGGGGGGCACCCUUGGUGCUGCUGCUGCUGCCCCAUGGUACCCCCAGUUUGGCCUCGCAGGCAAUCUCGGGCACCUGGCACCUCAGGGGGUGCGGUGGCAGCAUCACAUUUGCAGCUCAGUGCCCUCCACUGCCAGACCUCUGCACGGGCAGCAGCAGAAGUGCCUCAUCCUGCCCUCCCUGGUGGUGAGAGGCUGCCCAGGCAAGGACUGGGGGAUGUGGAGAGACCCCCCCCCCGCCCGCAUCCCACCUCCAGUGUGUGUGUGUGAAGGGCAGUGUGGCCGCACAGAGCAAUAAGAGACCUUCCCCCUCCCUGCUGCAGCCCCCCAGCCCCACAGCCCAGCCCCAUCCCACUCCCUACGCAGGGACAAAGCCUCCCACCCAUCCUGUCUCCCCCUCCUCCAUCCUGGGGUGAGGGGGUCGGGAUCCCCAGGCAAGCACCAUUGAGGGGAAGGUGGAGGUGUGAGGGAUGCCCUGGAAACAAAUCCCAUGGGGAAGAGCUUCUUUUGGUUUGAGUUUUUUCUUGCUUCCACAAAUUCUUUUAGUAUUUGAAAAAUGUUGUUGGUGGGAUCUAAUAAGUGACUGUGUGGCCCCCGAGGCUGGAAAUCUCCAUCCCCAGGGACUGGGGCAAUGCAGUGAUGGCUCCUGUAUUCUCUUCUUGGCUAAUGUAACAAAACUGGGGUGGCUUCUGGAAUGUCUCUGUGAUGGGAUCUGCAGAUUUCACUGGCACAAAAUUCUCAGCUGAUAAAAUGCCACUGGUUUAAUACCUGGUUUUUCUUCGAGCUGGGAUGGAAAUUUUUCACAUAAAAAUGCCAUGGAAAGUGUGCCAAAGACAGAGAGGACUUCCCCCAUCCCAUCCUGACCCACCCUCUGGCUCCAUGGCCUCAGUGGUAGGUUUUGGUUUUCCAUGUGGAUUUGUCCUGUCCGAGGCCUCCCGAUGGGAAUGAAGUGUUUCAGUUUUAGUGAAACACCUUCUGCCCUCCUGCUCCCCUGCCUGCCCUGUGCCCUGCCAGAUCCCUGCCUGCCCUGGCUGCCCGUGGCCCUGCUCACACACAACUUCUAAACCGAGUCACUUUGCCAGGAGAGCUCCCAGUGAGGAGGGGGUCCCUGCCCCAGCCACCCCUCAGCCCCUCUGCACCAAGGAAGGGAUUCCUGGGGCCAGUCCCAGUGCCGAGCCCCCUGUCCACAGCAGGACACAGUGCAGUGGCAGUGCCAGUGUGUCACUCCCUGUGUGCCCCAGGGCAGGUCCAGCAGGACCUUUCCUGCUCUGGGGGCUCCUGGCAAUGCUGAUGCACCAGGGCACAUUCUAUGUCCUGCUCCAAGGGCUCCAGCGUUUCGUAGCACCUCUCCUGUAGUUUAGGGCUGUAUUUACACACCACCAUGUACCAGUGUCCCCACCCCCAGCGUGUCCCCUGGUGCCCAAGGGGUCCCUGUCCAUCCCUCCUGGGCCAAGCCCGUCCCAUCAGAUUCCCGUGUAGCACCGACCUUUUACAGUACACUUGAACCUUUGUAUCCUCAAAAAAGGUAAUUACUGUAUUUAAUUUCCCGUUA